AUGUCGCUGUCCAAUGCAGCACGCAAGCUCAAGGAGCUGAAUGAGAGGGGAAGCGUGUACAAGCAACUCACGCGAGAUGAAGUGGCUUUGCUGACCCCAGAGCUGUCCCCGGCCAUCAUGAUGCGAAAGCUCAUCGCGAAGCACGGCCACGCCGAGGUGUUCAGGCGCCACGGACCCACCGCACGCCGCCUCGAACCUGUGGAUCCUUGCCCACGAAUCUUGCGAGCGAGGACGAGGGGUGGAGUCGAUGCGACGCUUCUUCCAGGCGGUGCUGCUGGACAUGGAAAACGCCUGCCCGCUCAAGUUCCCGGACCCUGCCGAAGGCCCGUACACCGGGCCUUCGAGUUGGCCAAGGAGGAGCUCCACCGGCCCAGCGCCGGCCUUGCACGAAACCAGUUCGCCUACGCCUAUUUCUCACUCUCUGUGCAGACGUCCGUGCUGCUGGGCCAUUACCUCUUCACGAAGGGCGGCAGAGCCCAGGGCAGCACGGAGCAGAUCAUCGCCGCUCGGACGGCGGCAUCGAGCAGUUGA